UCCCACUGCCGCCACACGCCACCUGCCACCGCCACUGGUUUUUGGCUGUUCCCGGGCAAACUCGCCACCAAUUGCCACGCUGGGUGAUGCUAGCUUAGCAGCUUUUUUGUAUCUUCCCAGUUGUUUGAACUAUAUGGCCGCUCCUCUCCUCCAUGUUCCAUGCCGCCUCGGCUGCAAGGAUCAUAAACAAACUUAUUCACUUUUUAUCCGAUAAUAAAUACGACCGACGGCUGCAUGCGUGAGAAGAGAUCAAGCCACCGCUAGUCGUCGCGGUACUCAAGUGAGAUCGAGCCGGGGGAUUCGGGAUCAGGCCGGUACGGGGGGCGACCGAGGACCGCCGAUGGCCGCGGCUCCAGACAUGGACGAACAAGAUGCGGCAAUCGAGGGAGGGCAGCUCGUCGUGCCUCUUCUCGGAAGCCGAAGUGCAAGCACCGCCACGGGCUCGCCGUCGCAGGACGCGUCCUCGCUCCGCCGCCUCUACGCCGGCCACGCCCUCGCCAGAUGGGGCGCCAGGAUGUGGGAGUUCUCAGUUGGGCUGUACAUGAUCCGCAUCUGGCCAGGCUCGCUGCUCUUCACUGCGAUUUACGGCGUCGUCGAGUCGUCCUCCGUCGCGGUGUUUGGUCCCACAGUUGGCACACUGGUCGAUAACCUCACGUACCUUCAGGUUCUUGGCCUAUGGCUUCUAGUCCAAAGCCUGUCCUUCAUUGUCGCCGGAGCCUCAGUAACCGCCCUGCUUGUUUACGACGACCUGAAAGCCACAAGCUUCCCUGUUUUCAUGGCGCUGGUCAUCAUGACCAACGUGGCAGGUGCGCUAGCAGCGCUCUCAACGCUUGCCGGAACCAUACUGAUCGAGAGAGAAUGGGUGGUGGUGAUCUCCAGCAGGCACCCACCUGCAGUGCUGACGGGGAUCAACUCGGUGGUCCGGCGGAUCGACCUGAGCUGCAAGCUGCUGGCCCCUGUCUUCUCCGGCCUCGUCAUCAGCUUCGUGUCGGCGCAGGCCUCCGCGGCGGCUCUGGCGUUGUGGAACGUCGCCUCGGUGGGGCUGGAGUACUGGCUCUUCGUUUCUGUGUACAAUGGCGUGCCAGCGCUCGCUGAGAGCAGCCGGCUGAGAACAGCUGGUGCAAAUGCAAGUGAGGCCAUGGUGCUGCCAUCGUCGUCGUCGUCGGAGAACGUGGUGCCGGCCGAUAAGGAGCUGGAUUGGAGGGUUAGGAUGACGGAGCAGCUAUCCAUCAUACCAUGCUGGGAGUCAUGGGUGGUGUACCUGAGGCAGGACGUGGCGCUCCCAGGCGUCGCCCUCGCCUUCCUCUACUUUAGCGUUCUGAGCUUCGGCACGCUGAUGACGGCGACCCUGGACUGGGAAGGCAUACCUGCGUACGUCAUCAGUUUGGCAAGGGGCUUCAGCGCCAUCGUUGGCAUCGGCGCAACGCUGCUGUACCCUGUGGUGCACUCAUGGGUGUCCACACUACGGACAGGACUGUGGUCCAUUUGGAUGCAAUGGUGCUGCCUGCUGGUGUGCGUCGCUUCCAUCUGGGCGGCGAGCGACGUGGCGUCGGCGUGGAUGCUGAUGGCCGGCGUCGCCGCGUCGCGCCUAGGGCUCUGGAUGUUCGACCUCGCCGUGAUGCAGCUGAUGCAGGAUGGCGUGCCCGACCACGAGCGCUGCGUCGUGGGCGGGGUGCAGAAUUCGCUGCAGUCCGUGUUCGAUCUGCUCACCUAUAUCAUGGGCAUCAUCAUCUCCGACCCCAGGGAUUUCAGCGAGCUGGUCGUGUUGUCCUUCUUCCUGGUGACCUGCGCUGCAGCCAUGUACACGCUGCACGUCUACCGCGUGCGCAAGCACCUCUUCCACUUCGACAAGAUCCUAGCCAAGAUCAGCUGGUGAGCAACCUGGCACCAUAUAUAUUUCUUUGCUCUUGGCGACUGGAAAUUGCUGAUUUGACACUGGGUUUGAAACAACCAGCACGGAGUAUACUGGUUGCUCUUGUAAACAGUUGUGUUUUUUCCAUCUUCUGGUGUUUAGAAAAUUGUGUAAUCUAGGAACAUUUUUACCAAGUAUCCACAAGUAUCCACUGUAGGUGAACUGGAAUUUCCUAAACCAACAGGAGUUGAGACUGAAGGGUUCUAACCCAAGGUGGUGUGGUUGGAUCAGGGCUUUUGUGAAAAUGUGGACUUUAAAGUUAUAAUGAGAAAAUGAGUUAAAACAACAAGAUGAUCCUUUAUCA